AUGUUAUUAAACUUUCGCAAACUUUUGAACAAGCAUGUUCUCGUGAUCGGUGGAACAUCUGGCAUCGGUCGUGGAGUAGCAGAGGGCAUACUCUCGGCCGGCGGCCGCGUCAGCAUCGCCUCGCUUUCGCAAGCCAAAAUAAACGCAACUUUACAAGAGCUCAGAAAUCUAUUCCCAGAAGCACAUAUAUCUGGUUACCGUGUCGACUUGGCCUCUGAUGGCACGGAGAAGCGGCUCUCUGAGCUGUUGAGUGCGGUCGCCAAGGAUCACGGCCGGCUUCAACACGUGGUUUUCACUGCCGGCGACGCACUUUCCGGACCCACUGCACCAGAGGCAUUCACGCCUGAGCUUCUCGCACGACUGACUCAUCUGCGCGCCAUUGUCCCUUUCACCCUUGUGAAAGUAAUCGUCGCGGAGGGACAUCUUGAUCGCGAUCGCAGCUCCAGUAUUCUACUCACAAGUGGAAACGUUGCAGUGCGUCCUGUACCUGGCUGGUCUGUUGGAAAUUUUGUUGCUUCUGGACUUGAAGGUGCUGUACGCGGCUUGGCUCUUGAUCUCGCUCCCCUGCGUGUAAACGUUGUUGCUCCUGGUAGCGUUGAUACGGGUCUCUGGGGAGAUGAUGCAGCGCGACAGCAAGUUAUCUCGAGAAUGGAUGCAAGGCUACCAACUGGCUCCAUCGGACAUAUUGAAGAUGUGGCGGAAGCGUAUCUCUGGCUUUUACGAGACAGAAACGUGACUGGCAUGGUGGCAAGGACUGAGGGAGGCCUCAAUCUUGUUUGA